UUAGCGAGCGACUGGAUAAAAUACCGAUACGUUUCAACCUAGUUAUUGGCUCUCAUCGGUGCUAGUGGAGUACGUUCUGUGUAAUUUGUUUGAAGUUUAAAGAAGUAUAUCUCUUCUCAAAAUAUGUCUUUCAUUCAGAAUUUUAUUGGAAAUUUUCUACCAAAAGUUAAGGCUGACGAAGAAGACGAAGAGCUAGUAGAUCCGCAAACGGUUCUCCGUGAGCAAUGUUCAGCGAAGCACUGCGAAAAAUUAAAAGAAAUAUUGAACACGUGUAACGAUCGUGUUAAUUCAAGAAAGCAAACCGAAGAAACAUGCCUCGAAGAAUUGGUAGACUAUGUGCAAUGCGUGGAUCAUUGCGUGGCUAAAACUCUUUUCAGCAAGUUGAAAUGAACGAAUGACAACUAUUCUCGCAAAUGUUAUAGAUUAAUUCAUGUAAGCAUUGUAUAUAUGAUCCAAUAAUAGAAAUAAAGUGUAACUUAUACAGGA